CUAAAGUUAGAGUAGUAUUUGAUGCAUCGGCAAAGGGUUCAAAUGGUUACUCACUGAACGACGCAAUGAUGAUUGGGCCUGCACUGCAACCUGAUCUGCGGAGCCUAAUAACUAAAUGGCGCACGCAUAAAAUCUGCAUUGUCGGUGACAUAACAAAGAUGUAUAGAAUGGUUAAAAUGACUGAAGAACAUACAGACCUGCAACGAAUUGUCUGGAGAGAUGACCCUAGUGAUGAAAUAAAAAACUACAACCUCACAACUGUCACAUUUGGUACGGCUGCAGCUCCAUAUCUAGCUGUACGAACACUAAAUCAAGUAGCUGAUGAUGAAGCCCAUAAAUUUCCAGAAACUGCUCCAUUGAUAAAACACUCAUUCUAUAUGGAUGAUCUCAUGACGGGAGCUGAAGAUGUAGAGAAAGCUAAAAAGAUAUGUACAGAAAUCGGAACAAUACUUAAAAGUGGAGGAUUUGAGAUGCAAAAGUGGUCGAGCAAUUCAGAAGAAGUUUUGAACCAUAUACAAGGAGAAGACACAAUCAGAGUGAUAAAACAAGAUGCGAUUAUAAAGAUACUCGGAUUGACAUGGGACAGGAAAGAUGACAAAUUCAAAGCCACUGUUAAUUUACCAAAACUGAGACAUCCUGUAACAAAGAGAGCAAUUCUUUCAGACGUAGGACGCCUCUUCGAUCCAUUUGGUUGGCUGUCACCAGUCAUAAUAAUAGCAAAGAUGCUGAUACAAAAACUAUGGAAAUGUGAAUUGGAUUGGGAUACUGAAUUACCCAACCAUUUAAUCGAAGAAUGGAAAACAUACAGACAAGAGAUUAUACAUCUGCAGAAUGCAACUGUACCUAGAUGGGUGAAUUCUACACUAGUAAAUAGAGAAAAGGCAGAAAUACACGGGUUUGCAGAUGCAUCCACUCAAGCAUAUGCUGCUGUUACAUACCUGCGAGUAGUGGAAGAAGACGAGAUUCAUGUAACUAUGAUCGCAGCACGGACGAAGGUUGCACCGUUAAAACAAUUGUCGAUUUCCAAGUUAGAGCUUUCUGCAGCAGCACUAUUGACAGAACUUAUAGAAGAUAUAGUGGAGCCAUUGAGUAUACCGAAAGAGAGAGUCUUUGCCUGGACGGACUCAACUGUAGUACUAGCAUGGCUACAGUCAGAUUCACAUAAUUGGCGAACCUUCGUAGCUAACAGAAUAUCAGACAUCACUCGUGUAGUCGACGGUGACCAUUGGCAUCAUGUUCAGUCUGCCGAAAACCCCGCAGAUAUCGCUUCGAGAGGCAUUAAAGCCAGCGAGGUAGCUGCAUGUAAGAUCUGGUGGACUGGGCCUGAUUGGUUAAAGCAAGACACAAUACAAUUUGACAAGGAUGAGAUUCCAACCACAGACUUAGAAUUGAAAGUUUCGUGUCAUACAACUUCAGUGGAAGAAAAACCUAUCUGGGAGAGAUUCUCUUCAAUUUCUAGGAUGAAAAGAGUAUUAGCUUAUUGUAGAAGAAUGUUAAAGAAUACUGAGACAGAACCAAGAAAGAAUUAUAUAGAAGUUUCUGAAAUGGAUACAAUUUUAAGCGAAGGCAUAAAAUAUUAUCAAAACUUGGUUUAUGGAAGAGAAAUAGAAGAGAUAAAAAGGGACGGAAGAGUGAAGAAAAGAAGUUCACUUAUUAGCCUAUCACCCUACUUAGAUGAAAAGGGCAUUCUGAGAGUGGGAGGGCGAUUACAAAAUGCUGAGAUAGCUGAAGAAACAAAACACCCAAUAAUUAUCCCAAGUAGUCAACACAUCACAAAGUUAUUGAUACAAGAAGCACACAUGAAAACUCUUCAUGGCGGCAUUCAAGUACAAUUGAAAGGAAGGAGAAACUAUAAUUUUUAUGCAGUCCAUUGCUAUUUAUAAGCUAUAUUAAG